AUGUCUGACCCAGAGCUUGCGACAAAGGCACCAGAGAGUGAUGCGGCCGAGGCAUCUACGGCCAGCGCCAGCAUUGUCCCCGGAGACACUCCCGCGCAAACCGGUGCAUCGAUGGGCGGCCUUGGGGAACACUGUGUAAAGGACAGACCUACUCCUUCGGGAGCAGGGCCAAGCGGGGAAAUGUCACAGCUGGGUGGGAUCGAUGUCUAUAUCUCGAAGCCUGCCGACUAUCCUCAUGCGCCCUCGAAGCUUUUACUAUUCCUGACGGGUGCUACGGGUCUCCAUUCCCAGAACAAUCAGAUCCAAGCGGACAGAUACGCCAAAGAAGGCUUUCUCGUCGUCCUACCAGAUAUGUUUUCCGAUGAUCCGCUGCCAGGCUCUGCUACAUACGAAGAAGACAAGGAUCCUUCAAUCAUCGAGCAAAUCAAGAUGCGGGCUGCGGAGACUGCGAAAUCGUUCCUGAUCGAUAUGUGGCUGGCACGCCAAACACCAGAAAAGGUCCUUCCGAUCAUCCAAAAAGUUAUCGAGGCAGCGAAGGAUGAGUUCGCAGAUGCCGUUGCAAGUGGCGGAGGGAUCUAUUCAGUUGGUUACUGCUUUGGUGGAAGGAUGACACUGCUCUUGGCCGGUGAGAAACCCGAUAGCGCCCCAUGGAUCCAACAAGCGAAAGACGAAGAGGCUGGUGCUGGCGCUGGCGCUGUCAACAAGGGACCGUAUAUCAAAGCCGGAGCAAUUGCCCAUGCGACCUUGGUUACUAGAGAGGAUUUCGAAGGAACUAAGUCACCACUGGCAUUCAUCUGUGUUGAGAACGACCAGCUCUUUGCCGAUGAGAUCAAGGAGCAUGGCGAGAAGUACUUGAAGGAGAACAACAUCGAAAACGAGUUCAAAACGUAUUCCGGUGUUCCUCAUGGAUUUGGGGUGGUUGGAGAAUACGAAGACGCGAAGAUCAAGGUUGCUCAGGCCGAAGCUUUCGAUCAAAUGCUGGCUUGGCUGCAAUCGCACUGA